UCCUUAUUAAUAUUGCUGGUGGCAAUUGUAUUUUUAAAUGGAUUCAAUGCAAACUGGCAGCAUAUCGGCUACGCAGCACGUAAUUGUAAUGUUAGGAAAAGUGAGGUGAUACAGUUUGACUAACGUAUACCUUAUCUGUAACGUAGCUGUACGGUAGCGUUUAGAGCUUGCGGUCACUGUGCUGGCUAGCGUGUAUGCGUGUUUACCAGCCGUCAUCACAACAAUCGGGACAGCUUGAAGGCUGGCAUAGAAAUGGCAUCAAUAGCAGCGGCGCAUGAGCCGGGUAUAAGCCCAGGCUCCAUACCGUUGGCUGAUGCUUUAGUACCCGCGAGUAUAUUUGCUCCAGACCGGGGAGGAUGCGGGGACGAGGACGAAGACGAGUGUUUUGAGGACGGGGACAUGAUCAAUGGCGAGCCCGAGGGCCGUGGGGUUGACUUCACCAACAAGCUGGCACUUGUUAGCCCAAAUGGAGAGCAAUAUGACUCGUUACUUCGCCAGCUACGGGACAGGAUGGAGGAGGGAUGCGGAGAGACCAUCUAUGUGGUUGGAAUGGGCUCAGAUGGUGGGGACUGGGGCCUGGAUGAGAGGGAUAUGGAGGCCUCAGCAGCCACGGUGCGCUCUAUGUGUGAGCAAGUGGAUGCUGACCUUAUUACGCUCCGGGAGCGCAAUGAGGCUGCCGGUUUGGUACGCGACUAUCUGAUCCGCCGGCGUGUGGGUGAGCUGGACUUCCUGGAGGUCAGGGUUGCAGUCGUGGGUAACGUGGAUGCUGGUAAGAGUACUCUGCUGGGAGUGUUAACGCAUGGAGAGCUGGACAAUGGCAGGGGCUUUGCCCGCCAAAAGCUCUUCAGGCACAAACAUGAGAUGGAGAGUGGCAGGACCAGCAGUGUGGGCAACGAUAUCCUGGGGUUUGACCAGGAGGGACAGGUGGUGAACAAACCAGAUAGUCAUGGAGGAAGCCUGGACUGGACCAAAAUCUGUGAGAAGUCCUCCAAAGUGAUAACCUUCAUUGACCUGGCUGGCCAUGAGAAAUACCUCAAGACCACCGUGUUUGGGAUGACUGGACACCUGCCUGACUUCUGCAUGCUCAUGGUGGGCAGUAAUGCAGGUAUCGUAGGGAUGACCAAAGAGCACCUGGGCCUGGCCCUAGCCCUGAAUGUGCCUGUGUUUGUAGUGGUAACCAAGAUAGACAUGUGUCCAGCCAACAUCCUGCAAGAGACAUUGAAGCUGCUCCAGAGGUUACUGAAGUCCCCCGGCUGUAGGAAGAUCCCUGUCCUGGUACAGAACAAGGACGACGUCAUAGUCACGGCGUCGAACUUCAGUUCGGAGAGGAUGUGUCCCAUCUUUCAGAUCUCCAAUGUGACCGGAGAGAACAUGGACCUGCUCAAGAUGUUUCUCAACCUGCUCUCCUCCAGGACCUCCUACCGUGAUGACCAGCCCGCUGAGUUUCAGAUAGACGACACCUACUCUGUACCGGGAGUGGGAACCGUAGUAUCAGGAACUACUUUACGUGGACUCAUACGUCUGAAUGAUACAAUGCUACUAGGGCCGGACCCCUUGGGCAGCUUCAUCCCCAUUGCCGUCAAAUCAAUCCACCGCAAAAGAAUGCCCGUGAAGGAGGUUAGAGGUGGCCAGACUGCCUCAUUUGCUCUCAAAAAGAUCAAGCGUUCGUCCAUAAGGAAAGGCAUGGUGAUGGUUUCCCCAAGGCUGUGCCCACAGGCCACUUGGGAGUUUGAGGCUGAGAUCCUGGUACUGCAUCAUCCCACUACGAUAUCCCCCAGAUACCAGGCCAUGGUCCACUGUGGCAGCAUUAGGCAGACAGCCACCAUCUUGUCUAUGAACAAAGACUGCUUACGGACAGGGGACAAGGCUUCAGUCCACUUCCGCUUCAUCAAAACCCCGGAGUACCUGCACUGCGACCAGAGGCUGGUGUUCAGGGAGGGACGCACCAAGGCUGUGGGUACCAUCACCAAGCUUUUGCAAUCCACCAAUAAUCUACCAUCAAAUUCCAAACCUCCACAAAUCAAAAUGCAGUCUACAAAGAAGGCACUGCCGAGAAAAGAGGACGACACCACGGCAGCCAGUGUUGAUGUAGCAACGAUAGCACAGUCAGCAAACAUCCCAGACGCGACACAACCGGGAGAGGGAGAGGAAGACGAAGACCCUCAGAUAAAGGAGGGCAACAAAGAGAACAAGGUAAAAUUGUUCAAUUCAAAAUGAAAAAGAACAGCGGAGAACCUGAAAAGGGAAGAUUGUGUAAACAAGAUGGUUCAGCUCAUAACCUGGUGAUCUUGUUUCUUGAUACAUUUUCAGGAAACAAUGUUUUCCACUCGUGUUCUUUUCAUAUCUUGCCUAAUAUUACCACUUUCCAUAUCAACUACUUCAAAUGCACUUGGAGGUUUGGAGGUGCCUUACAGUAUCAAGUGUUUUGGUUAUCUCUCCCUUGCAGCCAAAGUCUGGAGGAGGUGGAAGAAGAAGGGGUGGCCAGAGGCAUAAAGGAAAAGGCCAGAACAGCAGCACCAACUCCACAGCAGUUCCCUCCUCAUCAGGAAUAGGAGGCUCCUGAACUACCCUCUUGACCCUUGUACCCCCCCCCCCCCCCCUCUCUCUCUCUGCUAUCACUCCACUAAUUGCUCUCAUUCCACAAACCAUGAGGACACAUAUGUUUGUCUUAUCACUCCUUGCCUUUUUGCACCAGGUCAUAUAGUUUUAUUUUUUUUCAAAAGGGAACACAAAGGGGUAUGUCCCAAACCAAAAGGCAUACACCCUUUAAUGCAUUUUAACAUCAGCUGCCUUUACUAUUUUGAAUUGUUUUGGUGAUGGAAAGCAGUGUGUUUUUUUGAGGUUAGCCUCACUCAGGAUGAUGAUUUAUUUAAUUUUAUCCAUAUUUUGUGUGUCUGUGAAAUCUACAAUUCAGUCCUCUGGCUCAAUGUCACUGAAAGGGAGGGAGGCUAAACCGAAAACCCGUACCAAUAUGAGCAGCUAUAACGUGAAACUCCCCCAUGCAUUCCCUGUGUAUUUGCAAUGAAAAACAAUUCAUGUACUAUUUAUACUGCAUUAUGUAAAUUAGCUGUUAGUUGUGCUCUUAUUGAAAAGAUGCCAUUGUACAAAAUGUAUGCAAAUCAUAAAUGAAUGUAGCAGAAGGCACAUAGUGAUUUCAAAUUCUAGAUAUAUGGAAAUAAGCGGUUACAUUUUAUAAUUGUCAGUUAUUUAUUUGGCAUACAUGCAGAAGGUUCACUGAUGGUCAUCGAUCGUUCAACCUACUCUCGCUUGCAUGCAUAGAUUCAGCAGUAUCUAGCAGUGUCGGCCAUGUUACAAUCCUUAUACAAAUAGUGUCAGUACAAACAAAUACAGCACAUAAUCUUGUCACUCAAAGUUGCUCAUGAUUAUAAGACAUGCAGUAAUUGCAGUGCUACUUGUCACUCUAGUACCCCAUGCGUUAUGGCCUGUUGCUGUUAACAUGACAUUUUAAACACUUUGCGGCUAAAAAAGCUGACCAUUAAUAAACAGGCUUUACUGAACUUUUAAA